GGGUAUAGUCCAGUUCCGAUCCCCCAACAAAGCCUAUUUGGUAGCUAGUGGACUAACUCGAUCUCGCAGAGGCCCAGCAGCAGAAGGAUCUGUGAAUUGCCUUGGCUCGUCUGGUGGCCGGAGACGACGAGGAAUCUGAUCAUCACGUUUGUCUUCUGGGGAGGGCUGGCUGCAGUGUAGGACUCCAGAUCCGUCUUCUUCGAUUGGCUUCUCCGAUUUCUUCGACAGCGUAGAGGGUUUCUCUUACUUUGGGUGCGGCAAAAACCCUACGUAUGUUCUGAUACGCGCAAAACUGUGGUAAUCUUGGCGGAUUGGAUUGGUGUCACAGUGAGAAGAUUCAUCGGAGAGCAAUGGAAGUGGUUGCUUCGGCUCCUGGAAAGGUCUUGAUCACAGGUGGCUACCUCAUCUUGGAGAGGCCAAAUGCUGGCAUAGUUUUCACCACCACCGCUCGCUUCUAUGCCAUCGUCAAACCGCUGUACGACGAUAUCAAACCUGAUAGUUGGGUCUGGUCAUGGACAGAUGUUAAAGUAACUUCCCCUCAACUUUCUUGGGAGGCCACAUACAAGUUGUCUCUGAAAAACUCUAUUCUGCAGUGCACUUCUUCAAGGGACUCAGUCAACCCCUUUGUGGAGCAAGCUGUGCAAUAUGCUAUAGCUGCAUCCAAGGUAAUACUCUCUGAAAAGGAAAAGGAUAAAUUACAAAAACUACUUCUACAAGGUCUUGAUAUUACAAUCUUAGGAAGCAAUGAUUUCUAUUCUUACAGAAAUCAGAUUGAAGCGCAUGGCUUACCUUUGACUCGAGAGUCAUUGGCUUCACUUCCUCCGUUUUCUUCAAUAGCAUUUAAUCGAGUGGCUUCUAAUGGAACACUUCCUGGAGAGGAAUGCAAACCUGAGGUUGCAAAAACAGGACUUGGCUCAUCAGCAGCAAUGACCACAUCAGUCGUUGCAGCACUCCUUCAUUACCUUGGAGUUGUUACUCUUCCAUUUUCAAGCAGAAGCCAGUUAGAUGACAAAAUAUCUGAUUCAGAUCUUGAUUUAGUACACAUUGUUGCCCAAAGUGCUCAUUGUUUAGCUCAAGGAAAAAUUGGCAGUGGCUUUGAUGUCAGUGCUGCUGUCUAUGGCAGUCAACGUUACAUCAGAUUUUCGCCUGCUCUUUUGAUGCCUACCCAGCUGAUGGGAAGUACGAGCUUACCAGAUGUAGUCAAACAUAUUUUGGAGGAGAAUUGGGACCAUGAAAGAUUUCCAUUUUGUUUACCUCCACUUAUGACCCUUCUAUUGGGGGAACCAGGCACUGGAGGUUCAUCUACACCUUCCAUGGUAGGUGCUGUUAAGCGGUGGCAGAAAGCUGAUCCUCACAAAUCCCAAGAAACAUGGAAAAACAUUGCGGAGGCAAAUUCAACACUUGAAGCACAACUUAGGCAGUUACAGCAAUUAUCUGAGACCCAUCGGGAGGCAUACAAUCAUAUCAUGGGCAUUUGCAGUCAUCACACUUACGGAAGGUGGAUGGAGUUAGUAUCUGACCAAUUUCAAGAAUCCGUCGUCAAGUCUUUGUUAGGAGCAAGACAUGCUUUCCUAGAGGUCAGAGCUUAUAUGCAAGAGAUGGGAAAAGUAGCAGGCGUACCGAUCGAACCAGAACCCCAAACUCAACUUCUGGAUGCCACAAUGAACCUGGAAGGAGUUCUGUUAGCAGGUGUGCCAGGAGCAGGUGGUUAUGAUGCUGUAUUUGCUAUUGUUCUUGGGGAAGCAAGCAAUUCCAUAGCUGAUUUUUGGAGCUCUUCUCGUGUUCUGCCCCUUCUGGUCAAAGAAGAUCGUCAUGGCGUGUCAUUGGAAAGUGGAGAUCCAAGAGCUGAAAAAGUGUCUUCAGGAAUAUCUUCGAUGAAGAUAGUCUAAGACAAAAUUUUGAUCGGUAGCUCUUUGUAUUCUAUAGCAUCAUGGGAUGCUGGGUUUAAAUUUCUGAAUUUUUUAAUCGUGGUUGCGUUUCAAAUGGCAAAUAAUUUCAAACAGUGUCGAGACAAUGUACUUACUAUGUCGUGUACUACUUUAGAGCCGCCUGAGAAUGAAAUGUUUCUCCAAUCCCAUUUGAAUUAAAAAAAAAAAUACCUGCAAAUGUUUAA